CGCACGGGACGCAGCAGGCAGGUGAUGUCGUGAUGGCGAGCCCGGGAGUGAGGCCGUCUACGACGCCGACGCCGGUGACGCCUGCGCCGCAAGCGGCGGGCUCCCCACACAACAAGCGGCCAACCGUCAUCAUAUACCCAACUGUGUCACCGGAGACGGUGGUGAUCCCGAUCGUGUCGUGCAUCCUGGGCUUUCCGCUGCUGGCGCUGCUCGUCAUCUGCUGCCUGCGUCGGCGCGCCAAGCUGGCACGCGAGAGGGCGCGGCGCCGCGCGGGGAACUGUGAAGCUGACGGCGGAUCGAUGUCACUGGUGCGGUUCAGUCCAGUAACCAAAUUAGGGUCGGAGCGUUCGUCGCGCGCCGUGAGCCUGAGGAGCGAGAGGGCGCUCAGCCGGGGGUUCCCCUCGCUGGAGCUGGACACCGUAGUGGAGGAACGCUCAGACCCCGAGACCACGGAGAUCGCAGACACCUAACUCCACGCUGCCUGCACUCACACGUCGGAUUCUCAAUUAUAAUCCGCAUCUCACCAGUUUACUCAAAAGUUCUGAAGAUCAGCCACCAAAGAGAUGACACAAGCUUUAAAUUGUAUGCAUAUACAACAAACCAAGAAAUGUUCUAUUUUGACAGUCUACUGCGGAAGAACUGUAAAAAAAAUGUAAAAUAGAAACAAUUUGUUCCUUUGUACUUAUGUCGGAAUAGUACGCCUACAAUCAGAUUUUCAAAUUUUGAGGAGAAAAAUGAUGUCGAUCGCAUAAAUAAUUGCUUUAUUCAGUAUUUUAUGGAGCUUCUCUGCAG